UAAAUAAAUUUUGUAAAUUAUUUUUCAAAAAGAUAUUGAAGAUCUGGCCGGUAUCUUAAGAUCACUACAAAUACUCCUGUUACGAUUUUCAGUAUUUGAUAAACCCUUCUCUCUCUUCCGCCCUAAAUUAAUCUUUCCUUUUUUUUUUUCUCUCUCUAAAGUUUGGUGCUUUUUGCCCUGCAACUGGUAGUGUGAGAAACAACAUGGGUGGCGGCGGUAACUAUAAUUCGUGGUCUUCUUCUUCAUCUGAGAAGGACUCAUGGGCAGGACACAAUUCCCCACACGAAUCAACUAAAUCCGGCGUUUCCAGGCGAUUCGCUUCUGGUGAUGAUGAUGAUGAUGAGGUUUGGAGCGAAAAGAAUUACGAAGGAAUUCCAGAUAUGAAUUACUGCACUAGUUCGAUAAUGGAGGAAGCUUCUGAGAGGCAGAGAAUUAAGUUUUAUGAUGAGGUUUGGAGUAGUUAUCAGGGCUUUCCAACUAUCCACAAAUUGGAUCAGGCUAAAGCUAAACUUUUGAGUUAUACUCCGGGUUCGUGGGCAGAAAUAGAAGAUGGAGUGGAUUUGAGCGAGUACAAAGUACCGAAAACUACUUCGCUCUUACUAAUUGGUCCAAAGGGUUCGGGCAAGAGUAGCCUUGUUAACAAAAUUUCUCGAGUUCUUGACAAGGACUUGUUCACUUUGGAAAGAGCUCAAGUAACAUAUAACUCUCCUACUGAAGAUGGGACCUGUUUCCUGCAUGAGUACAUGAUCCCGAGAAAAUCGGGUUCUUUUUCUUUGUACGACACACGCAGUUUGUCCGAUGAUUUGUCUGAAAAUCGGGAAUUGUUCAACGUUUGGAUGACAAUGGGUGUUUGUGAUGGGGAACUUGUCACUAGGAAUUCGGACAGUACGGAUUUCAAAGCUCGAUUGAAGUGUAAGUCUCGGAGGAGACGUUCUACAAGUUAUAAGGUGAGGGCAGUUGACUUUGUCGUAUUCGUUGUGAAUGCGGUCUCUGUGUUGGAAUCAAUCGACAGUCUUGAUGAAAAUAAGAAGCGGUACUCUCAACUGAUUGCCGAAAAUUUCAAAAAUCCAUUGCUGUCAUAUAAAGACGACAAGCCAGUUGUUGCAGUAACACAUGGAGAUAUAUUGUCGGUUUCCGACCGUGUUAGAGUACGUAUUCAUCUGGGAGAGAUCUUAGGCAUUCCUCCAACAACACAAGUUUUUGAUAUUCCAGAGUGCGACGAUCUUGCGACAGAGUUGACAAUUGCUGAGAUGUUGACUUUUUGCCUUGAUCGUGCUGACAGAAAUCUUCCUACCAAAGAACCGUCUGAGUGGGAUGUAAGGAUCGGAGGUUUGAUCGUGUGGAUCGUGUGGACGGUUCUGAUAAUGGCUUUUCUCCUCUUGAAGAAACUUUCUGGUUUCCUAUCUUGAUCCAUGGAUCUCUACUUACCCGUUUGAGUCCAACUAGUUUUUUUUUUCUUUUUUAGGAGUAUGCAUGCUACUACAAUUCCUAAUUAUUGUUGAUUUAGGAAUUUUUUUCCAUCCAAUUAUUGACUAGUUUAAAUUAAUAUAUUUUUUAGGAUUUGAUUUCUCUUGAAUAAAUUUUGGGAGUUGGUAUUAAAUUUCAGUUAAAUUUCACUCUGUUU